AUGAUUAUUGGAACUUCAAUCGAAUUUGUGAAUUCAACGCUAUCAGGUGAUCGUUUGUACUUUGAGAAAAUUGAGAAAUCUGAAAGCAAAAUGACGAGCGUAGUGCAUAUAACCGGUCUAGUUAACGAAUUUGAAAGAAGGGAUCUUGAAAAUAUUUGUCGUCCGUAUGGUGCCGUUGUACAAAUCAGGUUUGGUAGAGGAGUACCAAAAGAAGCGUUCGUCGAAUUCAAGGAGCCAAUUUCGGCAGCUAACAUAGUAAGCGAACUGAACGGGCAAGAAAUGCGUGGCAUUAAAUUUGAAUUGUACGUAAAUUAUAAUAACGAAGGCGAUUCGUUCAGAUCACGAAAAUAUAGAAGAAGGGAGGCGUACUCGACGAGGCGGGAUGCGUCGGAAUCGAGAACUGAAGAUUACGGACGUCGGAAGUCAUCCAGAAGCGUGUUUGAUUCGAAUGGAUGCAGUGAUCGAUUAGGAAGCCCAAGACGAGAAUUUGACAAUGAAGAGAGAUCUCUGAAUUACAAAAGGGUGGGUGCAAGUAAAACACAGAUGGCCAUGAAACGGGAUCGGUCUAAAUCGAGGGAUCUUUCAGUUGACCAGCGUACCUCUUACCGAAGCAGAUAUCCCUCAAAGAGGGAUGAAGACUUUCACCGAAGAGGUUUAAUGCCACAUGAUCGUUCCAAGACAAGUAGGUACCAUGACAAUGGGAGAUCAAGGAAUCAGUUGGAUGAUGCUAAGGACCGGAACGUAAACAAGUAUGGACGCAUCAGCCGGGACAGGUCUGAAUCGCCCCGCCGAAAAUAUAGCUCGGUAAUUGCACAACCUGCCAAACGAAGACGAGUCGAUUCUACUGGAUCAAGUUACAGCACCACGUCCAGUCAGCAUUCUUCAGUAAGGAGUCGUGGCGUUACACCAAAUAGUGGAAACUGGGAUUGA